GUGCAGUUGAAGAGGAAUGUGGGGUCGUUGGACCUGAAGCCGGAAAGGCUGAAGGACUUUUUCACACAGGGAAGAGCACUCAAGGCUGCGGCCCCAAACAGUCGCCUGAGUUGGAAGACUGUGCGUGCAUGCCUCAAAGAGAGCGUGAUCCGCCAGCGCACGCACCGGAUCGUUCGUGAGUCUACCUCCAAAGAGCGACCUUUGGAGUAUUGGACCAGACUCGGGUACGCAGAGGAUGAAGUCCGCAAAUGUCCGCAAGAGGUCGACGCGGUCAUGGGCACAACCUUGUACAAAGUCCAGGUCCGCAGCACCAGCACACAACAAAUCGACGAAGAGGUGGAGCAGACGAUCCUAGACAGAGAAAAGAGAUGGCAGCAGGGUGAGCCUGAGAUGGCAGCAGGGUGA